AUGUCUGAGCCCUCAGUGCACAGUCCCGCGCAAGACAGAUCCCGCGCACCGGUCCUACCCCGAACCCUCGUCCCUCCAUGCUUCUUCAACGUCCCCUCCACCAUCAACGACUGGCGCUACGAGUGCCGCCGAAUGGCGCAGCUCAUAAUCCCAAACCUCUUCCUCGGCCCAAUGUCUGUGAUCCGCGACGAAUCCUUCAUCACCGAAAACAACAUCAAGCUCGCUCUCAGCAUAUCCAGUCCGCAGACGUGGCAGAUCCUGCACAAACGAUACGCUGGCUUACCACAGUACCAGGCCCUACCGGUCUCUGGCACCGCAGAUCUAGUCAAGACCUUCCCGCAGGCGAAACAAUUGAUCGAUAACACUAUAUCCGAAGGAGGCUCGGUCUUGGUCUACUGCGAGACUGGCAACGAGAUGAGUGCUGCCGUGGUCGUCGCAUAUAUAAUGGAAACUAAUCGAUGGGAUCUAAUCCGUUCUAUCCAAUAUGUUCAGUCGCAAAGGUUCUGUGUCGCUUUAGACGAUUACGUAAAGUACCAGCUUCGAACAUACGAAUCCCUAUGCGUGGCUCGACAAGAAGUCAAAGAAACUCCAGCUUUCAGCCAUAAUCGACCUGCCGUCAGACGUACGAUCGACGACCUAUACGAAGACGACGACUCGUGA